UAUAAAUAAGCCAUCUCCUCGAGCAACACUCUUCACACAUCAAAGCAUCACACACACAAAUACACAUUUUCUCUUCUCUUCUUUGAUCUUUUCCUCUCUUCUACACAUUCAAAUGGCCACUGCUGAUGUUGAACAAGUGACUCCAGCCGCAGCUGAGCACGUCGAGAUGACACCACCAAAGACAGUAGAGCCUGAGGAAACAGUCGCCGUUGUGACUGAGUCUGCUCCAGCUCCGGUAACAGAAACUGAAGCUCCCGUGGAAGAAACAGAGGAAACCAAAACCGAGACGAAAGAGGAAGAAGCUCCCGUCGAAGUAACCACUAAAGACCUCCCCGUCGAAGAAACAGAGGAGACCAAAACAGAAACUGAAGAGUUCAAGAAAGAGGAAGAAGCUCCCGUGGAAGUAACCACUAAAGACCUCCCCGUCGAAGAAACAGAGGAAAUCAAGACAGAGGCGGAGGAGAUCAAGAAAGAGGAAGAAGCUCCGGUUGUGGAGGAAGAGAGCAAAGCAGAGGAAGUCGUAGAGCCUAAGAAAGAGGAAGAAGCUCCGGUGGUUGUGGAGGAAGAGAGCAAAACAGAGGAAGUCGUAGAGCCCAAGAAAGUGGAGGAAGAAGUGAAGACAGAGGAUACUCCAGCUGUUGUGGAGGAAAAGAAGAAGCCAGAAGCAGAGGAGGAGAACCCCACUGAAGUAGCAGCCGAGGAAGCCGCCGCAGCUCCGGUGGGAGUUGCCGUGGAGAAGGCUGAUGAGUAAAUCUGAAAGAAAGAAGUUUGCUACUUUAUAAGUACGUUGCGUCUUUGCUUUGUUGUUCCGAGUCUGUCACUCUUGGUGGCCCCUUUUGCAUCAUCUCCCUCUCUUUAUUCCUACUUUCAAUGUUUAAUAUAAUGAAUCCUCUUUAAAUAAACGAAACUCAUCUCUUGCU